GUUGUCGGCUACACGUCUAGUGCAGUGGCGGAGAUCGUUCGUACUGGAUAACCAUGGAACCAUGAUAUUUUAUUUUUAUCGAUGGCGACUCCUCCAGGAUGAGUAAGCACCAUGUGGAUCCUUGUUGUGGCCAUCCUCAGUCAUAUGCUUAUAAAGUCAGGAAGUGAUGACGCACACAUCGAAAUGCUCCUCAAAAUGCUCUCAUACGAGACGACAGAGCCUGCGCCCACUGUCUCCACUACGCCCGCCAUCUUACCGUUCUUCGAGGAUUCUUCCAGCUCGACCAACGUCACCGCCCAACUUGGCACCAACGUGCUGCUGCACUGUAAGGUCAAUGACCUCACGGACAAGAUGUCGGUAUCCUGGCUUCGCAGACACGAAGGAAAACUUCACCUGCUCUCAGUGGGGGUGGAGCCCUACAGCUCGGACGGUCGCUACUCUGCCAUGUUUUCUCGGCCCAACGACUGGCAGUUGAGACUCGAGUAUGCCCAACACCAGGACCAGGGGCAGUACGAGUGCCAGGUAUCCUCUCACCCACCGAUAGUGUACAUCGUGUAUCUCCACGUUGUAGUGCCGGAGCUGGAGAUCGCCGACGAGCGAGGGCUUCCGAUAAGAAACAAGUUCUACAACGAGGGAAGCACCAUCGAGCUGAAGUGUGUGAUAAGCAGAGUGCCGCAGCCCAGUCACUUCAUAAUGUGGAAGCACGGCACGAGGAUAUUGAACUAUGACACGACGCGGGGUGGAAUCAGUGUGAAGACUGACAUCCUGGAGACCGGGGCCAAGAGUAGACUCUUCAUUGCCAACGCCAACAUUCAUGACUCCGGCAACUACUCAUGCGCGCUGGGUGAGGUGGCGUCAACUACAGUCUCAGUCCACGUCCUCAACGGGGAAACACCUGCAGCGAUGCAGCACGGCGGGGCCAAAGGAGUAGGGGUGCGGUGGCUCCCUCUGCUGUUACUGCUGUGUACCGUACUGUACCAGGCCAGGUGACCCUUGUAAGCUUUCCACAAGCCCAUGCAAACUUACCGCAACCUUACCACAAGCGGCAGAAGGAGUGAAGGAUGUAUGAAUACUUUAACGUAAAAAUGGUUGUUUUUGUACUUGUACUACAUUUGUAUCCCUUCCGUGGCCCAGCUAUGUUUGGUUUUUAUACCUGAAAUAUAAACAAAAGGAAAAUAUAAAUAAUCUAGGAUUCUAAAUUUAUUACUCAAUGAAAUAUCCCUAAGCUUUGUAAAUCACAAGACGUUAAAGAGUGAUUAAAAAGAAUUAAAAUAUUUGUUUGCAUAGUAAAAUAUGCACAAUACUGACUAAAAGUAUUAAACUAGUCUCAAAUAAAGUAACAGUAUUAUGUUCAACACUUUAAUAAGAAAAUAGUUUUCAAAAAAGCUAACGUAAAAUGGACAAUCCUUACAAUAAAGUGAAGACUUUUGUUCUUUUUCAUUAGUUCUCACCAAUACAGAAUUUGAAUAGUUUUUUAGUUUGCUGGUUAUAUAGUAAAUAUUUUUAGUCCUCAAGCUUUAUCAAUCUUUACAAUAUUUUAUUUUUGAAAUUGGUUACUAUUAAACAACAAACACAGUAGCGCGGAAUUCUCACUAGUUUAAUUCAAUGCCAUGGCCCUGACAUUGACCAACUAUGACCUCCUACUUCAUAAAAACAUCCUCGGACAAUAAAAUCAGAUACUCAUUACUAUAAAACAUAUAAAUGUAACAUGUUUUGUAUCAUUUACGAUAGAAUUAAUUAUUGUAUUGUAGAACACUUUUAAUGUCGUGGUGAUAACUAAUAAAAAAGAAUAAUAAAGAUUGUUAACUGAAUAAACAGUUGGUUAUUUUUGUACUGUAUUAUAAUGUGGCGUAGUUGCUUUGUUGAGUGAAACAAUAUUUUUACGUAAAUUGAUAAUGCAAGUUAAGACUAUAUUAGAUUUAGUUUUGAAUGAAAUGAAGUAAAUGUAAAUAAAUUUAAGUACAUUUCUUUUAAGUGAUUUUAAGUGACAGAGUAUUUUUACCUCCUGAAGUGGUUAAUGUCUUGAUUAAUAGUGAUAACAUAAAUUAAAAUAAGAGAAGAAAAAGAAAUAUAGAUUUGUUUGUAUAUAACUAAUUGUCAUUACUGUAAUGUUGUCAUAAUAAAUUAAAUGUAAAUAAGUAUUGUAUUAAAUACACAGGCUGUGGGUUUUA